AUGAGCAGUCCAUCAGCGGGGGCAGGUGACAGCAAGGCCAUCAAGUCUGCGACUAGCAAGGCGGAGAGUAGCAAGGCGGAGAAGACUCCGUUGAGCACGUGUUCGUCAAAUGUGUCGCUAGUGCGUCGCGAGCCGAUAGGUCAUUUGAGUAAGGGGGUGAGUAUCCCGGACAACCAUAGGACCCCGAAGGAGAGUUACUGCGUGCCACCGCACUAUUUCCCGUUGAUUGAGGACAUUAUUCUGACUCGGGGGCAAAUUGUGGACCGCAUUGAGAAGGUGGCUAGUGAGAUGUAUGAAUUUUACCGAGACGUUGAGCAGCCGGUGGUGUUGGUGGUAACAUUGAAGGGUGCCAUAACGUUCUUUGACGAGUUGUCUCGCGCUUUGCGCAAGAUCGCAAACACUGAUAUGCGCGGACUGAAGCGGUCAACAUACCUAGAAGAGUAUAUCCGUUGCAGUAGUUAUACCGGCACAUCGCGUGGUCCCGACUUGAAGGUGGACGUGGCUGUGGCUCAGGUCGUGGAAUACUGUAAACAUAAACACGUUGUAAUUGUUGAAGACCUCAUUGACUCAGGCAGCACACUCAAGGCCCUCUACGACCGCUUUUCUGCCUGUGACCAAGUCCUAUCCGUACGCACCGUCUGCGGCUUUAGCAAACGUACACCUCUCUGGAACGGCUUUAUUCCUGACUGGGUUGCAUUCGACGUCACCGACCAAUUUAUUGUUGGCUUCGGCUGCGAUGUUGAUAAUCACUUCCGCGAUCUCGACCAUCUCUCCACCAUCAGCGAAUGUGGUAAGGAAAAGUACCUGGCCGAUUACAACCAAUGA